AUGGAAGGCAACAAGUCCCUCGCGGACCGUGUUGGCGGCCUCCUGCCCACAUCCACUCCCAUCGCAUCCAAGAAGUCCGAGACGGAGACCAUGCGCGCAUGUGCUUUCCAAACGUCGAAAACGAUGAAGAUGGUUGAUGUGCCAAAGCCUCUGGUCACCGACCAGCGCGAUGUUAUCGUCAAGAUUACCACGGCUGCUAUCUGUGGAAGUGAUCUCCACAUGUACACCGGCGCCAUGAACCCCGGCAUGGCCAAGGGCGACAUUCUCGGUCACGAGAUGGUCGGCAUCAUCGAAUCUGUCGGUGAUCAGGUCACCAAGUUCCAAGUCGGCCAGCGAGUCUGUGUCGCCGGACCCAUCGGAUGCGGUGAAUGCGAGUUCUGCAAAAAGGGGCUCUGGUCUUGCUGUGAUACAACCAACCCUAGUGGCGCUAUGGACAAACUCUACGGUGCUCGUCUCUGCGGAGCUUACGGUUAUACGCACCUGACUGGCGGGUACUGGGGCGGUCAAGCGGAAUACCUCCGAGUGCCCUUCGCCGACCACAACCUCCUCCUCCUCCCCGAAGACAUCUCCGACGACGCCGCCGUUCUCCUCUCCGACAUCGCCUGCACAUCGUGGCACGCGAACGAGUUGAGCGAGCUGAAGGAAGGCGACACUGUCGCCAUCUGGGGAUUGGGCCCCGUCGGUCUCUUGACCGCCAUGUGGGCGAAGGAGCGUGGCGCCAAGACGAUCAUUGGUAUCGACUACGUCCCCCACAGGCUGGAGACCGCGCAGAAGGUUUUGGGCAUCACUACGUUGAACUUCAAGGAGGUUAACGUGAUCCAGGAGGUGCAGAAGUUGUGCCCCGGCGGUGUGGACUGCGCUAUUGAGGUGGCUGGCUUCCGCUACGCCAAGAGCUGGUUGCACGCCAUUGAAACCACUCUAAAGCUCGAGACCGACGCCAUCGACACCGUUGUUGAGGCCAUCACCCUCGUGAAGAAGGGCGGCCACGUCACCAUCAUGGGGGACUACUUCGGAUAUGCCAACCACUUCCCAAUCGGCGCCAUGAUGGAGAAGCACAUCACCGUCCGCGGCGGCCAAGUCCUAACCCAAAAGUACUGGAAAGACCUUCUCCGCCGGUUCCGUGAAGGCCUCAAGUGCGGCGUCGACCCCACCUUCAUCAUCACCCACCGCCUGCCGCUCGAGCAAGCACCAGAAGGGUUCCGGACAUUCAACGACAAGACGGACAACGUCAUCAAGGUACUCCUCAAGCCCGGAUUGAAGGCGUAG